AAUUACCUGAGAGGAAAAUCGAAACGCAACGCCAAUGGAUCCUUUUUCUUCGUCGAAAAUUUUCCAGGAGUUCGAUCCUCGAUUUGAUUGGGUUCAUCAGCCCGAUUCUCAUGUUCUUAUCGUCCACCUCUUAGGUUUUAGAAGCAACCAACUGAAAGUUCAGGUGACAUCCACCGGAAAGUUGAGGGUCUCCGGCGAACGGAGGCUCGGCAGCGGCAAGUGGCUUCGAUUCCAAAAGGAAAUCGAUAUCCCCGCCGACGCCGACGCCGACAAGAUCUCUGCCAAAUUGGAGGAAGGUAUCCUCUACGUGAAACAGCCCAAGAAACCCUCCGCCGUCUCUUCCAUCAACCUACCGGAUCAGCAGCAACCCAAGCCCACGGCUGAAUCCAAACGGCCGCCCGCCGUCACAAAACCCAAACCCGAGCCUCCGAAGCCUGCCGCCGCGAAACCUACAGUCGACUCACCAACUGUUCGACCAAAUGCCCCAAAGAGCCAAAACGAGAAAGCCGAGCCUCGGAAGCCCGCUGCCGCAAAACCCACAGUCGACCCGCCAACUGUUCGACCAAAUGCCCCAAAGACCCAAAACGAGAGGCCUCAAUCACAGGCAAGUGGGAAACAAAUCCCCACUCCUCCAAAGCCACAGGAGGCAAUUGCAGCACCGGCGAGGACCCCAAAACCCGCCGAGACACCCUCCAUGGGCAGCGGACAGCCAGUUCAAGACUUAGCUUUGAAGAACAGAACAGAGAAAGAAACAGAGGAGAAGGCAAAAGCACAUACAACACUGCAGGAUGCUUUGGAGAAGACAAGAGAGGAAGAAGGGAAAGAAGAAGUUGGGUCAAAAAUGGGGGAGGGGAAAGAAGGAGGUGGUUCAAAAAUGGGGGAGGAGAAGGAAGGUGGAGUUGCAGAAGAGAGGAGGAGGAGGAGGAGGAAGAGGAGGAGUGAGGAAAUGGUGGAAGAGAGUGGAAGGUUUAGAAGAAGACAAGGCUACAAACAGAUUAUUGAUGAGGUGGUGAAGGAAUUGAGGACCAAUAUGGUGACUUUGGUUUUGGGGGUUGCUGUUUUUGUGAUUGUGUAUCUGAAUCUUACAAAGAAAGGUCAUGUGGAGGAAGAGUUGUGAGGAAGGUAUGAACAAACUUCAAGUUUAUGAGUGAAUAAUGAAAUAUGUGAAAGAGUUCAUUCGAGAGAAUGGAAAUAAAAUUGUUAUAUUUACAAUUACUAUUCGAACUUGCUGUUGUUUUUUC